AUGUGCCUCAUCGCCUUUGCGUUCGCAACCACGUUCUUCUUCAUCGGCAUGCUAGGGCUUGCACCGGAUCUUGGAAAACACGUCGGAACGGAGGUGUCAAUUGCUGAACUGGGCAUCUUUCUGAAGUACCUGUUCCCGGAGCAGCUGAUCUACACAGUCUGCGUUUCUUUCAACAAAUUUGUCCUUCUCGCUUUCUACUGGCGGCUAUUCUCCGUUCGAUCCCAGCUACCCCUUUUCAUAUUGAUGGGUGUAGUGGCAGCUUGGAUGAUCGGAACAGCAAUGGGGGUCGUUUUCAUUUGCAACCCCAUCGCAGCGCAAUGGGACAUUACAAUCACAGAUGCGAAGUGCUCCGGUCUGCGGUCACUCUAUCUAGGUGCCUCCAUAGUCAACAYCGUCACCGAUUUCCUCCUUCUCGUCACGCCGCUACCAUACGUCUGGGCUCUCAACGCCCCAAUCGGCCAACGUCUGAUGCUAGGUGGAAUCUUCCUCCUUGGAUGCUUCAUCACUGUAGUCUCCAGUCUCCGAUUGGCCAUUCUAAUGCGUGUGGAUCUGGCAAGUCCGGAUUACACAUGGAAAAUGAAGGAAGUGCUCCUCUGGUCGAUUGUGGAAGUCAACGUCGGUUUGAUAUGUGCUUGUCUCCCUAGUCUCAAACCUGCGGUCAGACUUCUCGGACUGGGAAAUUUGCUCCAUCGUUCGCAGAAUCGGAGUCGGAGUCGGAGUGGCAUGCAAUCACCUGCUUUUAUCGCAGAGGAUAGAUUUCCUUCGCGGAAGAAGAGCUCAAAGGGGAUGUUUUCUUCCAUUACGGCGAUCACGAGGGCGGAUACCGAGGAAGAUGAAGAGGAUACAUUUGAGAUGGUCAAAAGGUCUCAUCAGAGUCAUGGGACGGUGGAAACCAAUGUUGAAGCAGUUCCUUCUCGUGGACAGGCGACGGCUGAUGGAAAGUCAUCGCAUGAAUGUGACGGCAAGAGGCCGGCCAUUGUGGCGCAUCGGAACUGGUCUGUCUUGGUGGAGCCUAAUGAACCUCAUGCUCUUUGA